UUUUCAAUGGCCUUACCCAGUAUACAUGGAUCGAAGAUGAGCGUAUUUUGCAUACUAGCUACCAGGACGGUGAUGGUGGCUAUCGUAAUGCCAUAUCCAGGUCGUCUGCCUAAAUCAAUUGCGCAAAGAAGCCUGCAGCUGAUAAAGAGAAGGCUUCCAUGGAAGUCCAGCAAAGUAAUACAAAACCCCCCAUACCCAACAAGAUAAUUUUCUGCGCUUGGGCCAGACAAUUCUCUCUUUCAACCCAAAGAUCUGGAGAGGCGAAAUGGCACAAGGAACCCUCCACAAAGCGUUCCUGAUCCCUGAGAUCCUGGAAAACAUUCUCCUCCACACUGACAUGUGCACAUUGCUGACCUCUGCCCAGCGAGUCUGCCAUCACUGGCAUAAUCUCAUCACAGAAUCCCACAACCUCCAAGCAGCCCUUUUCUUCAAACCAACCAAGCGCAAAUUUCAAGAAGGCUCCCAAACGCAUUCGAAACUCCCUCAUCGCAGAAAACCUCUGGCCUUACUUCUUCCGCAAACAACUACGUACGGGACAAAGGGCGUAUGUAUAUCAAAAACUCAACCUACCCUUCGUGGACCUUCACAAGGAAGCCACAUACCUUCCAGCCGAAGCAAGUUGGAGACGGAUGCUCCCCCAGCAACCACCCACAAACCGCAUCGGAAUCAUUGAGAGAUACCCGGUAGAAUCAUCGGAAUCCGGAACAUAUACAUAUGAGAUUGAAAGCGCAGAAGGCUGGUUUCUGCGAAUGGGAAACUUCGAUACAGCCGUUAGUCAAGGUAUGCUCGUGGCAGGCCAGGAUAAAUUGGUAUUCUGGCAUGAGGCGGCUUGUUUGGGAAGUUUAGAACAGAACCUUCAGGGGAAAAGGGCCGUUGUGGUGUCGAGAGAUUUGGUGGAUUGUGAUGUAGUGAUUUUCGUUCGGUUUCAUUCUCCUUCGGAUAAGAUUUUGAACAAGGUGCUUUCAUCGUAUCCGUAGAUGAGCUAGCUUUGCUUUUGACAGGGCUUCUGUCGACAUGUUUGAGUUGUUUCUUUUGGUUGUGCUUUUAGGGAACAUUGGACACAGCUGGGUGUAUUUGAGUCAUACCAAGUCUUAUAAUGACCUCUUGUUGUUGCUCUCUAUCCAGUUCGAAUUGUGAAUUUUCCAGACUUUUCCUCAGAUA